AUGGAUUUGCUGAUUAGGAAGCGAAACGUAGCCUUUGAAAGGCUGAAGAUGGAACAUGUGAGUGCGAAGCAUCUAGUGGAACGGGAACCGGCGGCGUUCGAAGUGCACGAUCGCCUGCGAAAGCUAGCGGAAAUGCAGGAACAUUUUGACAGGAUUCAAACGGAAAUCGAAGAAGCAGUUCCGGUAGGCGAACUAUUGUCGACGCUUAAUGUUCGGUUGGAUUACGAGCGUCUCUUUUACACUACGAAAGGGAUUGUGAUGCAGCUGCUACAGCAACCAGAAAAAUUGACGGUAGUGACGCCGGGAUCGCAAGCGGAAGCUUCAUCAUCGGCUAACGAAUCAGGUGUACAGUCACGACAGCAGCCGGCUGGGCCAAUUGACACGCAAUUACCUACGUACAGUUUGCCUAUAUUUAACGGGGAUAGGACACAAUGGGCUUCGUUUAAGGAUUUAUUUGUCAGCAGUGUAGAUAGUAAAAAUCUGACCAACGCUCUCAAGCCGCAACUUCUGAUGUCUCACCUGGAAGGACAAGCAAGAAGCUUGGCGAGUAAUUUUUCGAUAACCGAUGCAAAUUACAAGCAGGUAUGGGAUACGCUGAUGGAACACUUCGAUAAACCGAAGUUCGCGGUUGCUGCUCUCUUUCAAGAAUUUUGUGAGCAACCAGUACUAAAAGUAAUGAAUCUUACAAGCCUUCGCAAGCUGGUGUCGACAUCAGAUGAAGUGGCACGUCAGUUGCAGGCACUGGGGCCGUCAUGCGAAACCAGAGAUCCAUGGCUGAUUUACAUUCUACUUAAGAAAAUGGACGAUAGCUUACGUUCCCAAUGGGCACAGCAUAUUGUGGAUAACGACGAUCUAAAAUUCGACGAAUUGCUCAAGUUCCUUAAGAGAAAGUGUGAAGCAUUUGAAACUUGUGCAGCAUUUGGCGGAAGGCAAGUAGACUGCCAAAAAGGACCUGAGAAUCGGAAAUAUCAAGCAAUGAAAAGGGAAUUCAACACAUUCAACAUAGUGCAGCAACAGGUGUGUCCGGUUUGCUCAGAAGAUUAUUAA